AUUCCCCUGGACGAGAACUCUCUCUUCUUUAUUGUCGCCAGCGAUGGCGUGUGGGAGUUCAUUAGCAGCGAAGAGGCGGUCAGCAUUGUUUCCAGCUACGUAACGGGGUCCCCCACCGACGGCAAGAAGAUGAAAGACGCUGCAGACCGCCUGGCUUAUGAGGCCUUUCGAAGGUGGAUAGACGAGGAGGGCAACGUCGUCGACGACGUGACGGUGAUUGUCGUUUGGGUUGCGAGCCAAGUAGGCCAUGGCUGCUGCUGCGCCCCAGAGGUCUGCCUGGACGAGCUGGCCGUCGAGCAGCAAGUGCUGCAGCAGCAGCAGCAGCGGGAGGGCCCCGUUGCUGCAGCAGCAAAAGCCAAAAACAUCUGUUUCUGCUGCUGGCUCCAGCCUGCUGUAAAGAAAUAG